GUGAAAUUGAAAUGUGUUUGGUUGACAACAUCAAUUUAGGCAUCAGGCAUGUCACUUCCCCCAUUGGCUGACGGUGCUAAUACCGAAUGGGACCAACAUAUUGUGGGUUUAGCGUUGACUCAAAACGAAUGCACGACAAGAAAACACACACAACUACUACUAUUAUAGUAUAGAAGUCAAAAUACCUGUAGCUAUGUUCCUACUUGGACAUAAUCAAAAACAUUGACACCACAGUGAUUCUCAUUCUAAGAGGAUGCUCUAAUAAAUAGAUAAUUGCGAUUAUCAGAUUUAUUUGAGUACUGGGAAUUUAUUUGUUGUGCAUAUAUGCUGAUAAAUUGAAUAUGAAACUAAAAUCGUGAAUUUCUUUCAAAGGUGUCUGUGGCGUCAGCUGUGAACGUUCCACACAGGUGUUCAAUGAGAGAUCGAGUUCUACUAAACUCACCAGGCCUACUCUCAUUUUAAUUCAUUCAAAACCACUACUGUAAUGAAAAUAAAAGACAAUAAACUGAAUAAUUACUGUCAAAGUAUUGUUUUUAUUCAAUUGUUGAAUUAGGCCUAUUGUAUUUAAUUUGACAUUUCAUGCCUAUUCAAGUGGUUUUAACAAACUUUUAUGAUGUGGAUGGCUGCUAUGUCAUAAUGUACAUGAUGUCAUAAUGAAGCAUUCUCUUGUUAAAAUAGACAUUUCAUAGACAGGUCAUUGAUGCUCUUCCAUAUCUGAGGUAGGACCUAUAAUUUAAUGAAAUCAUCUCAAAUACACUACUUUUAUCUUAUGACAACUUUAUUUGAUCAAUAACUGUAAGAAAAACUGUUAUGUUUUGUGAUUUGUGACAAAAAAAGUAUUUUUUUAAACUAGGUAUUGUGGUCUUGUGUUUCUGUUUUCAAGAAUAUAUUGUUCAAACUGUAAAGUCAAAUCCUACGUGUGCAAAUUUUCUGGAAGUCCAAAUUGAAGCCAUGAAAGACAGAGGGAAGUCCAGGACUAGGACACAAGAGACCAGUCAGAACAGUUCUGAGAACAGCCUGACAGACAUCCUCAGUGUCCGGUGUGCCAGUGAUAUUGUCCUACAGCCAAUGCCGCCAGGGAGAAAGAAUAGCCGAUCCCACUUCCACAACAUGGAUGUGACGAAAGAGAGGGCUGACAUGGGAAGGCUUCCAAUGGCCACUCCACCCAUCAAGCUCCCAAUGCUCACUGUGACCUCUCUCAUUGUCCAAAUGAACAAAAACACCCUCAAGGUGCCUCGCACGCCUCGUCUGCAGCUGGAGGGACAGAUGGGUAGCAAGCGUCUGGGUCCGGUUAAAACCAAAACCGGAGGGAGCACAUUUACCUCCAGCCACGAGAAGGAGCCAGAUGUUAAAUCCAGCAGACCACAGACAUCAGGAAGCAUCCCUCGGAGGCCCAAUUUAUGCUCCACUGCAGCCAAGGCAGUAGCUUCUUUAUCUGGGACUCCAUGCAGCCAGUCUGAGGUCAGGAUCCAGGCCAAUCCUCUCCAGAGGUCUAACAUCCAGGACCAAAGGCCCCACUCUCCUCCUGCUCAGGCCAGACGGUCUCUGUCCGACGGCAGCCUCUUGCAGCCGCCAUGUUCUCCUGUGGAUGUCCUCCAGCCGGAGGUCCAGGCCAGCAGAAGCCUGGCUCGACCCAAGACCGGGAUAGCUAGGAUAACAAGACAUACUGAUGGCAGCACUCUGAGGUUCCCUAACCAGACCUUAGAUCUUAUAAACUCCAUGGAUGGGAGGGAGAGCACCAAUUUCUUCCAUGUGCUGCCAACCAUUGCAGUGUCAGCCUCCCCUGCCCAGAUGGCCAUCCCAUUGCCUACCACAAUGGUCAGCAAUGUGCCUGACCUUCUGGUGCCUACUCCAUCUGCUUCUCCGGUUCCUUCCAGCCAAGUGCCUGCCCCACCUGCCUCCCCAGUGCCAGCCCGCCUGCCAACUCCAGAUCACGGCGUGUGUCGAAGAGGAUCCAGCUCUUACAGAUCCGGUCUGCUAUGCUGGACCAGCAGCUACCGGAACAACUGGGUGACAAACAAAUCAUAUUACCCUCUGAGCCCCUGUCCUUCAGUAGCACUGAGAGAACAGCCUCCUAUCAAGCGGUGGCACAUGCCCGCCUCCCGUGCCAAGGCCGAGCGGGAGAAUAGCCAACGAGGGCGCAGGAAGAGAGUGAAGCCCAUUCACUGGGACGUUAACUUUAAGUCUGGGCCUUUCUUCCCAGUGUGUGUCUCUCCAUCACUGCCCUCGAUCUUGGAGGUGGAUGAAGAGUCUCUUUCUGAAGAGAUGGAGCAAAGACAGUUGUAA